AUGGCGCCUGCAAUAUAUCGCGAAAACUCAUCACCUCCAGUCUUUCGUCUUCCCGCUAAACUUCGAAGGCAAUUUGCUGAAUUUGAGUCAUUGUUGGAUCCAUCGAGGAAUCAUCGGCCUUACCGAGCUCUUGUAGCUAAGAUGUCGCCUCCACUGAUUCCAUUCGUUCCGCUGCUACUGAAGGAUCUAACGUUCAUCCAUGAAGGCAACAAAACCUACUACAACGGUCUUCAUAUGAUCGCAAAUAUUCUAAGGAGUUUCCGACAGUGCAAGUCAAGAUACUCAGUGCCACAAAUGGAACAGAAAAAAAUCUACGAGACGCAAAAUUUCAUUCGAAACUUCCGUGUUGUGGACAAUCAGCGACGACUAAUGGAGCUAUCCUACCAGAUAGAGCCUCGAAGAAGAAGGAACUAA